AUGGAACCACCACCACCUACUACGGGUCAAACAACACCAUCCACACCUCCACCAGUUUCUACUACCAAUCCUACACCAAUACAUGAGCUUAAACCAACUAACCCCACAUUACAUACAAGUACCCAAACCGAACAUACAUUUAGCUACCACCCUUCAUCAACCGUUCCACCCUUUUCAUCUUUCUUCCCAACCUCUGGCCAAUCACCCUCUUCUCAACAAAUACCACCACCUCAAUUUCAACCAAAUUCAUCCAUAGUCCAUACUACUUCUACAUUCCAACCACCAUUACAACCGGGUUUGCAAUAUCAACAACCUCAAUUUUUGCAAACUAUAGGAGCUAGAAGAGAUGGAUAUGAUGAUGGUUAUGAGGAAGAGUUUGCGGGAUACGAGGAGGAAGGAUAUGUUCAAGGGCAAAGAACGCAAGGAUUUGUUAGACCUCAACAACAACAAGUCAUGCAACAAAUUGUGCCACAACAAUUACCACAACAAGGGCUACAAUUUCAAAGGCAAAUUCCUCAACAACAACAACAAAUGGGUCAAAUGUUUCAACCACGACCUCAACAAUUUGCACCGCAAAGACCGGUCCAAAGACCAAUGGGUCCACCACAUCCAAGUGUUCGAUUGGGUGUACCAAGAAGAAAUAAUCGGGAGGCAGUGAGGGGUAUUGAAGCACACUUUAGACCGAUUAUCACCAACAAUCCUUCACUGGUAGUUAUUCCUCAAAAUCAACAAGGGAUGGCGUUAGAAGUUAGAACAAAUUCUCUCCAAAGUUUGCCAAAGUACAAGGGGUUAGCAAUGGAAGAACCUUAUUUUCACUUGGAGGCUAUGAUUCUAUAUGCAACACUAUCGGUGGGCUAG